AUGUCCCGCCCAUCAAGCAUCACAUCUAUCGCCCCUUCCAUUCCAGCUCCUACGUUCACUCGUUCACACGAAUACUCUUCCGCACCAUCAACAUCCAGCCCUCAACUCAAUGAAACAAACCUAUCAGAAGGGUGUGUCUUGUGCAGAUCUUCACUUCUAUGGGAUGGCCAUCUAUCUCCAGUGACACUUAGGGAGUUUGAGGACAUGGUCAAGAAGUAUUUCGUAGGUCAAGGACCUUACCCGACUUACAUUCUUCCCUCAUCAUCAAAGACAACCCCUCCUCCUACCACGAAUCCCUUCCCACCUCCUCCAGCCACUUUGGCACCUACACCUACAUAUGGCCAUUGUUAUCCUUCACCGCCAAAGCCUGAUUUCCCUCCACCCAACUCUUCCUACAUCACACCACCCACAUCGCCAGACACACCGUCACCGAGUUAUUCAACAUCAACGUCUCCGGCAUCAACAGCAUCUCCUCCAACACCCCCAGGUAUGGAGGACUGUACGGCUCGUAUCGUUUCAGCUUCAUCUUCACCAGGUAUCCCAAAACAUGAGCCUGUACCGUACAUUCUCGUCAAGCGCAAUACAUCCGUUCUCAUCCUCUCUCACCACUAA